AUGGAAAACAUCGCGAGACAGUCCGUGAGACUUUGCCCGUUCAUGAACAAGACGGCGUCGUCUUUGAGGAAUGUCAAGAGUCUGCAACAGUCGAGCGUGUCGAAAAUGGCACAAAAAUGUCCUUUCAUGGGUCAGGCCAUGCAAAAGGCACAUUUGGCUACAGCAGCAGCUCCAGGAGCUGCAAGAGCCAACCGCAGCGCUGGCGCUUCACCAGCACGCGGGGAAUCAGCACAGGAUGUGCUGAUGGCAGACCAUGCGACUCAGGAGUCCAAGUUUGACUAUGAGGGGCUUUUUGAGCAUGAAGUGCGUAAAAAGCGGGUCGACAAGUCGUAUCGGUUUUUCAACAACAUCAACCGGUUGGCAAAAGAAUUCCCCAUGGCUCACCGUCAAGAAGAGCACGACAAAGUGACCGUGUGGUGUUCCAACGACUAUCUGGCGCUUUCCAAGAACCAGCAGGUUGUGGAUGUGAUGAAGAAAACUCUGGACAAAUACGGCGCUGGAGCCGGUGGAACCAGAAACAUCGCUGGCCACAACCAACACGCUUUGAGACUCGAGGCCGAGGUAGCUGCACUACAUAAAAAGGAGGGUGCCUUGGCGUUUUCGUCUUGUUUUGUGGCCAAUGAUGCGGUCAUAUCUUUGUUGGGCCAGAAAUUGAAAGAUCUGGUCAUUUUCUCGGAUGAACUCAACCAUGCCUCCAUGAUUGUCGGGAUAAAGCAUGCUUCGACGACCAAACACAUCUUUAAGCACAACGAUUUGAACCAUUUGGAGGAGUUGCUUGCCAGUUACCCCAGAUCGACCCCAAAACUGAUUGCGUUUGAAUCUGUUUACUCUAUGUCCGGGUCUGUUGCCGACAUCGGUAAGAUUUGUGACCUGGCCGAAAAAUACGGGGCCUUGACGUUUUUGGAUGAAGUUCACGCUGUUGGUUUGUACGGCCCUCACGGCGCUGGUGUUGCCGAACACUGUGAUUUCGAAGCUCAUCGCGCAGCUGGUAUUGCUUCUCCUGACUACACCACUGUUAUGGACCGUGUCGACAUGAUCACAGGUACUCUUGGAAAGUCAUUUGGUACUGUUGGUGGCUACGUGGCCGGCUCACAGCGCCUGAUUGAUUGGCUGCGUUCUUACGCACCGGGCUUCAUCUUCACUACUUCGCUACCUCCUGCCGUUAUGGCGGGCGCAGCGGAGGCCAUCAGAUACCAGCGUUCCCAUUUGGAUUUGAGACAGGCUCAGCAGAGACACACCGCCUACGUGAAGCAAGGUUUGGCAGAUCUCGACAUCCCUGUGAUCCCCAACCCAUCCCACAUUGUCCCCAUUCUUAUUGGGAACCCAGAUUUGGCUAGACAGGCCUCUGACAUUUUGAUGGACAAACACAGAAUCUAUGUCCAGGCCAUCAAUUUCCCUACUGUGGCCAGAGGCACCGAAAGACUACGCAUUACCCCAACACCCGGGCAUACUGACGAUUUGUCAGAUAACCUGCUUGAAGCUGUCGAUGACAUUUUCAACACCUUACAAUUGCCUCGGGUGAGUGACUGGGAGAGACAAGGAGGACUUCUAGGAGUGGGCGAUCCAACUUACGAAUGCGAAUCCAACUUGUGGACUCAAGAGCAAUUACAAUUCACAAAUGACGACCUACAGCCAAAUGUCAGAGAGCCUAUUAUCGAUCAAUUGGAAGUGUCUUCGGGACUUCGCUUGUGA